UUUACGAAUUUGGAAGACCGUUCAAAGGACAAACAUUUACUAAUUAAGCCCCUUGGUUAUGGAACGAUUCCCAAUUUCCAGGCUCGGGAUCCCAUUUCUCCUGAUGCACAAUCAUGUAAGCAACUAACUACAUCCCUUUCCGUUAGGAGUGCACUUACAGCGUACCAUCUGAAAGUAAGCAUGAAUGCUUUGGCCGCUUUUAUGUCCGCUGAAAAGAGAGAAGGAAAAAUAGAAGAGGGAGAGUGUCGAUAUCGUGCAUCGGUUGUGGGUUCACACCGCAGACUUGCUGUUAGCUCGCUAGAAUUACGAGAUGGCGAUACGCGAGAUCCGCCGCCACAUUUGGCAAAGGACGAUGAUUUUGAACUGCCACUGGGUUCAAUUAGUCCAUCCGACCUUCUUUAA